CCCGAGCGCCGCCCAUGUCGAAGUUCUGGAGACCGGGGUCGGAGAAGCCGACCGCCUCGCUCGUCGACGACGAGGAGGGUGGCGUCCUCUUCCUCCCGACCAACACCGGCGCUUCCUCCUCCGGGUUUGGGUACGCGUCCUUGGAGAGGCUGAGGCAGCGGCUGCCGGUCUACAAGUACCGCAAGGCCAUCCUCUACCUGGUCGAGCGGCAUGCCACCACCAUCGUCGUCGGCGAGACCGGCAGCGGCAAGUCUACGCAGAUCCCCCAGUAUCUUAUGGAGGCUGGUUGGGCUGAGGGUGGCCGACUUAUAGGUUGCACCCAGCCAAGACGAUUAGCUGUCCAGGUAUCAAAUGUUUAA